UGUAUGUGCGUGUUACCACGAUGAAAAUAUGUACUUUGCCAAUUUUGAUUGAGCUUGCAUAGUACACAUUAGAAGAUAGAAGAGCAAGUUUUAUUACACUGGCAUCUUCCUCCUGUAUUAUACUGACAGCUACGAGUUUCUUCAGACUUCAUGCGUUUCGCACUGUACAUGCUCUUAGUGGACUGAUUUACUGCGACAACCACGUGCACCAUACACUACUGUGCGAUCAUGGAUAAAGAAACGAACCCCACGACUGUUACCAUGGAAACUACAGACAGUUCAGCCAGUAAACCUGAGACAUCACAGUCGAGUAUGCCUGGGAGCACACCAAUUCCGCGCAUUGAAGAGGAUAGUAAGGGCAAGCGUGCCAGAGAGGAUGAUGGCGCACCCAGAGAUGCAGAUAAGGCAAAUGUUAGUAAGGAUGUUGACCGAGAUACUACAAUAACGCCUAUUGGCAUGAAAUCCGAUGCACAAACAAGUGGUAAUAUGGGAGAUAUUGCCCGCAAACGGUACAAGCAAAGUCGAUCGACGCACAGCAACCCCAACAAGCAAGGCACUGCGCAACAUCGACGGAAGUCUACAACACAGCGACAGCAGUUGAAAACGCAAGCAUAUGCACUGUUGCAGUUGCAAUCACAGUCAUACACAGGCACUGUUCUAGAGGGAAGGGAGGAGAGGUUAGCGCACGGAGAGUCUUUCGAUAGCACAUUGCGACAAAUGAGUGAGGCCAGUAUGGUUGGGAACGCCACCAUAGAGGAUGGACAGCCUGGCAACGGUGGUAACCAUGGCAGCCGUCAUAGGCGUAAGAGUAGCAACAGCCAGAGUCACAGCAGACAGAAUAGCAAUGUGGGGGGUGGUCGAGGUGGCCACAACAACAACGACAACAACAACAACAGGAACAUCACAAACAAUACGAGCCAAAAUAGUAAGGGCAGGCUCAAUUCCGGUCAUAAGCAUCAGAAUGAGCCGCAAAGCGGUUCUAAAAGUAAUUUCAGCAGACCAACCAUUCACUACUGCACUGGCAAGGGCAGCAACAACGAGGCCACCGAUCAACGGGCGACGGCUACUGAGCCUGGGCGGAAUAAGAGAAGAAAGCGAUGGCGACACAGCAAGACACGAACGAGUGCUUCCCACGGUACUCAAGGGGAUGCUGGAGAUACGCGUGCAGAGACAGGGGUUAACCAAGACCAAGAGGAGCAACAUGCUAAUGCAGACAAUGGGGAUCUAAUGCACGCAAGUGUGGAGACGAUGAGUUUAAAGCCAAGCGUGACCGUCGACGGGGGUACCAAAAGCAUCGAUGGUAGCAGAAAGGAUAUGCGGUUCAGAUUCGGCAAUUACUUGCACUACUACGGAUAUAGAACACCUCAAGAGGAAUUUGAUCCAAGAAUAUUAGCGAUGCAACGGCGCUGGUUCGCCGACAAAGAUGUGCUUGAUAUUGGCUGCAAUGUGGGCAAUGUAUCGCUUGCUAUAGCACAAGACUUCAAGGCCAAGUCGGUGGUGGGCAUAGACAUUGACGAGACGCUUAUUAGGCGGGCCAAAGGGAAUCUCAAGAUCACUGAGUCGUUAAGGCCCACGAAUACAAGCCAUGGCACGCACACAGAGACAACCUCGGCAGUCACCUCCACAUCUGCACUGCCAACAACGUUCCCCAUGUCCUUUGCCAUGUGUUUGGGGCCCAUUCCGAUUGUGCCGCCAACGCACGAGGACGACACUCACUCCGCCACGGAGCAGGAGCACAUUCCGGAGCAACCCAAGAGAUACCCGCAUAAUGUCGAGUUCAGGACGCUGAAUGUCGUCGGGAUGGAGAUUACUGAGCCCGAAUACGACACUGUGCUGUGCCUCAGCGUGGUGAAGUGGAUACAUCUCAACUGGGGCGACGAGGGUGUGUACACAUUCUUCAGGAACGUGCUCAAGCUGCUCAGGCCGGGCGGAUUAUUCGUCUUUGAACCACAGCCGUGGAAAUCAUACAAGAAGAAUCGCUAUAUGCAUCAAGACCUCCAGAAGAUGUACCAGACACUCAAGUUCAUGCCUGAUACGUUCCUGGGCUAUCUCACCAGUGAGGAGGGGGGCUUCACACAUGUGGACACCGCGGUCGUGCAGCAAACGGCGAAACAGGGUUUCAAUCGACCCAUCUAUAUACUGCGUAAAGAUAAUUCUACCGACAAACCACAGGAACGGGAAGAGUUAAGAGACAAGGAGUUAAGGAAAAGGCGUGAACUACGUGAUAAAGAGGCCCGGGAACGAAGAGAAGAACGUAAUAAAGAGCAUUGA